GAUUUUUUCCUGUUGGAACGCAGCCGUAGAGACCCGGGGUUAGACACCAGGAAGUGCUCGUAGUACAACCUCUCCCUGCUAGCUAGCGUCAGUCAGAGAGGUUAGUACGGUUGAAACCCAGCACACAACAUGGGGCUGUUCGGCAGGACACCGGAUAAACCCCCCAAAGAACUGAUUAAUGAGUGGUCUCAAAAAAUCAGAAAGGAGAUGAGAGUGAUUGACAGACAAAUUCGAGAUAUUCAAAGAGAGGAGGAGAAAGUUAAACGCUCCAUCAAAGAUGCUGCCAAAAAGGGACAGAAAGAUGUUUGUGUCAUUCUCGCUAAGGAGAUGAUUCAGUCGAAACGGGCCGUCACAAAACUUUACGCCUCCAAAGCCCAGAUGAACUCGGUGCUUCUCAGCAUGAAGAAUCAACUGGCUGUGGUUCGAGUAGCUGGAGCGCUGCAGAAGAGCACAGAGGUCAUGAAAGUCAUGCAGAACUUGGUUAAAAUCCCAGAGAUCCAGGCCACAAUGAUGGAGCUUUCAAAGGAGAUGAUGAAGGCUGGAAUAAUUGAGGAAAUGCUGGAGGACACGUUUGAGAGCAUGGAAGACGGAGAGGAGAUGGAGGAAGCAGCAGAGGAGGAAGUUGACAAGAUUCUCUUUGAGAUCACAGCAGGGGCUCUUGGUAAAGCUCCAAGCAAAGUGACGGAGCCGCUUCCGGACCUGCAGCCUCCGGGAGCCUCAGCUGCUGCUUCGGACGAAGAGUCGGAGGAAGACAUCGAAGCCAUGCAGUCCAGACUGGCGGCUCUGAGGAGCUAGAGUUCCCCGCCGCGGUUAGAGUCACUUUGCACAUUUCUCCAGUGCUGAGCAUCCUCCGCUUCAUCGUCACCUGGGUUAACAUUGUGCUUCAACAGUUGUUUCUUUUAAUCCAGCCUGAUUAAAAAGGUGAUGUUUUCUGUUAUCUGCAGUGACUCUAGCAACGUCUUUACUCUCCAAAGUCAAUCAGAAGGUUUAUGGGGGUGUAUAUAAUGUAAGUAUGAUCAGCCUUCUGUGCCUACAGUGGUUAUUCUCUCUCUCCUAUGUCAGUGUUUAUGACCCAAACUGACCAGCUGGGGAGGAAGUUUUUAAUCUUUUAGGAAACUUUUUGUUCAGUUACCAGGAAUUAAUCCGCCAACGAUAUCUGAAACACUAGAGGUGAUGGGCAGAGCUUUCAUUUGUUUCUAUUUCCAUUAAUAUAUCUGUUGUUUUUUUCGUGCUCACGAGUGUUAUGAACAUUAAAAUACUACUUCUACACUGCAAAAACACAAAAUCUUACCAAGUAUCUUUGGUCUAGUUUAUAAUGCAAACACUGAAAUACGUUCAUAACGUAUUCAACUUAUUUUCAGACAAUAAUUACUUGAUAUUGAUGAAAAAUUGCUAGUUUGACUGGCAGAUUAUUUCACCUACAGCAAGACAUUUUUUCAUUGUAUAAGUGAAAUGAUCUGCCUGUGGCGCUAGAACUUUCUCAUAAAUAAUAAGUAAUUAUUUACUUAUAAUAAUCUCCUACAUCUUGCUGAAAAGUUACUUAUUUGAAGUGUACUAAAAACUAGGCUAGAAAAAAACUCAGAUUUUUUUGUUUUUGCGCUGAAUAAAGAACAUCCUCACUGCAAAACGACAAAUUCUUACCAAGUAUUUUUUGUCUAAUUUUAGUACAAAUUUCU